AUGCUGGUGGAGCGCCCCAAGCGCCGCCCGAAGAAGGCCGAAGAGGAGACGGCGAAAGAUGCAGAGGGGAAGCGUGCGACAUCCAGGCGCCAUUGGAGGAAGGUCUCGGAGGUCGCGGCCUCGAACGGGGAGGCACCUCUAGCAGAGGCAAAGGAGGUGAAGCGCUCCAGUUCCAGGCGCACUCCGAAGAAGGUCUCGGAGGUCGAGGCCGCGAACGGGGAGGCACCUUUAGCAGAGGCAAAGGAGGUAAAGCGUUCAAGGUCCAGGCGCACUCCGAGGAAGGUCUCGGAGGUCGAGGCCUCGAACGGAGAGGCACCUUUAGCAGAGGCAAAAGAGGUGAAGCGUUCCACUUCCAGGCGCACUCCGAAGAAGGUCACGGAGGGUGACGCCUCGAACGAGGCACCCUCAGCGGAGGCCAAGGAGGCGAAGCGUGCGACCUCCAAGCGCCGUCCGAAGAAGGCGACAGAGGUGCAAGAGGCGCAGUUCGACCGUGAGGCAUCCAGAACCUCGAUGGCCUCCAUGGUCUCGAGCGUUUCGAAAGCUUCCUCACGGACCUCGCGGGCCUCGCAGAGCUCAGGGGGCUCAGCCUCCACUGAGGUCAAGGCACGAAGCCGUGAGGCUGGCGAGACUCGGAAGGCACGGCAGGAACAGUUCUCCCGUGAGGCUUCGAUGGCCUCCGUGGCCUCGGCAGCCUCAGCGGCCUCGGUGACCUCGGGUGUUUCGAAAGCUUCCGGAGCCUCACACAGCUCAGAGGCCUUGGCAGCCCCUCCGGAGGAGUCACCUGCCACGGAGGCCUUGACAUCCACUGCGGAGGUCCUACCGAGUGCACGUCGUGAACCGCCACAGAUCGAGGAGUCACCUGCCACGGAGGCCUUGACAUCCACCGCGGAGGUCCCACCGUGUGCGCCUAGUGAACCGCCACAGAGCGAGGAGUCACCUGCAACGGAGGCCCCGGCGGCCUCAGAGAUGCAGCAAGAGGCUCCAGCCGCUGUGGAGGCCCAAAAGGUGCCGCAGGAGUCGCCUGCCAAGGAGGUCUCGUUUGCCUCAGUGGCCUCGGUGCCCUCGGAGCGGCAGGGGAACCCCAAGACGCGGACAGUUCGCGUGUCCAAGUUCCAGCAAGCGCAACAAGCCAGGCUCUUUGGGACCAAACAACCGGAGAAGGCGAACGUGUCUCCGGCUCCCGCCGCACCUCUGCUUGAGAAGGGUGCAAGGAAGGGAUCCUUCUCUUUGCUCCCGGACCCAGAGGAAAGCGUGACGAAGCCGGAGCUUGCGCAGGGAGAGCCCUUGAUGCUGAAGAAGGGCUCCCUGUCCCUCUUGCCGGAGCCGGAGAGUGAAGACUGCUGCGAGCGUAAGGCAGCCGCAUCGAGGGACGAGGAGCGUCCAACAACUCUCCGCAUCGAGGAGGAGCAGCCAGGUCGCGCUGAGCCUGAGGAGAAGUGCGAAGCGUUGACGGAGGCGAGCAAGGCAAACGAGCCGAACGAGGCGAAUGCCAUCAAGGCCCCCGAGGCCGAGCCCGCGACCUCGCUGGGUGCCCAACCUGACGACGGCGAGGGCUACGAGAGCUCCGGCACGCAGACGCCCAAGACCAAGGCUCUGUCUGAGAUCUCGCCCUCCGAGAGUGGCGAUGGCGGCAUGGAGCGCGUCUUCUCCCUCAGUGCCCUGGAUGCCCUGCUGCAGGACCCGGAGGAGAAGGCAGAUUUGCGGUCGCACCUGGAGACAGAGUUACAGGACCAGCGGCCCAAGUACCAGGCAGCGCACUUGAGCACCCCGGUGGUCGUCGUGUCUUCCGAGGUGAACCCGUGGUCUAAGACCGGAGGUUUGGCAAUGGUUGCAGGCUCCUAUGGUUAUGAGUUUGCCAUGCGGGGUCACCGCACGAUGGUGGUGGCUCCGCGGUAUGGUGACUACAAGGACGCCGAAUACGUAGGUUAUUGCAAGGUUUGGAUGGAUGGUCGCGAGCACGAGCUGCGCUACUUUCAUCUCUACCAAGACCUCGGUGGUGGCAAAGGGACAGACUACAUUUUUGUGGACCAUCCGAGCUAUCACCGUGACGGACUUUACGUCGAUCGCGAGGGCAAAGAAUACGUUGACAAUCUGCAGCGCUACGCACUGCUCUCAGUGGCAGCUCUAGAGGCCCCUCUUGUGCUGAAGCUGCGAGGCUCCACCUAUGGCCAGGAUUGUCUCUUCAUUGCCAACGACUGGCAGACAGGCCUCCUGCCCGUCUACCACCUCUACAAGUACCGUCGGAAUCGCACCUACCUCAACUCCCGGACCCUUUUUGUCAUCCACAACAUUGGCUAUCAGGGCAAGUAUCGGCUGACGAAGUUCCCGCUCGACAGCUACCUGGGACUCCCACCCGAGGCCAUCUGCCUCCUGCAGGGCGAGGACUUGAACCUGGGGGACGACUGCAUGAACUUGAUGAGUGCCGCGAUCCUCUCGUCCGACCGUGUGCUGACUGUGUCGCCGAACUAUGCCAAGGAGGUCCAAAGCCCGGAGGGUGGCCAGGGCCUGCACGACAUCUUGACGGAGAAGGGCCGGCAGCUGCGCAUGGCAGGCAUCCUGAACGGUAUUGCGGACGAGUGGGAUCCCCGGACGGACCCGCACAUCCCCCGAAACUAUGGCCUGUCGGACGUCUUGGAGGGUAAGGCGCAUUGCAAGCGGGAGCUCCAAAAAUCGCUGGGCUUGCACGAAGACCCGGGUGUUGCGCUGAUGGGCUUCUGCGGACGGCUUUGCUACCAGAAGGGCGUGCAGUUGAUCACAGAGGCCAUCCCCUGGCUCCUUGAACGUGAGAAUACCGGCGUUCUUGGGCGAGUUCAGCUCAUCCUUAUGGGCAAGGGUGACGACCUCUAUGCCAACCAGCUAUCCCAAGCAGAGAACAGCAACCGCGGUCGAGUCUGUGGUUACGUUGGCUUCGACCCGAAAGUCGAGCACCGCAUGAUGGCGGGAUGCGACUUUCUACUCAUGCCUUCGCAGUACGAGCCAUGUGGUCUUCCGCAGAUGUAUGCACAGGCAUAUGGCACCGUGCCCGUGGUCCACGAGACUGGAGGCCUGAAGGACUCCGUGAUGGGCUUGUGGGAGGAGGAGAGGGACCGGACCACGGCCACCGGGUUCCUGUUCUGCGGCUUCGACGACAACCACUUCAAGGAGCGGCUCUAUCAGGCCUUGGAAGUCUACCACAAGAAGCCGGACUUAUUCAGGCAGAUCCAGCGCAACGGCCUGGAAAAGAACUACUACUGGCCACAGGCCAUCGACGAAUACGAGAAACACCUGGAUUGGACGCUGGACGGGCCAGCGGCUCUUGCGUGA